AUGGGGUACUAUAUAAGUGCUGUUGCUAGUGCUAUUGGGGUACCUACAGAGAAGAAAGCUGAGCCUCCUCCACCACCACCACCCCUUCCUCCCAACAAGCCCACCAUUGCCAAAACCAGCGCCGCUCUCAUCAAGGAUUGCUGUGGGAUGACCCAAUGCGCCAUCAUGAUGGACGACAUCCAGUUGUGCAAAGACAUCAUGACUCUUAAGAAAGAGCUGCAGAAUUUAGUCGCCAUCUCAGAGAAGGAAGAAGACAAGGAGAUAGCUGAUUUCCUACGGCUUAAGUUGAAACCUUUGGACAAUGUUGUACAGUCUCCAACCAAUCAACUCGACAUCAUUUCAAUGGCCGAAACCACCAUGAUGCCGGAGGAGAUAGAGAUGGAAAUGGCAAAGAUUCAAAGACUUCGGGAAGUCUUGGUCAGAAGAGAAUCGGAGCUGAGAUUUAUGUAA